GUCACCGACCGUGAGACAAUAAAAAUAAAUGGAAACUAAAAUAUUAAUUCAAAAAUAAUAGCUAUCUGGAGAAAGUCAUCGAAAUAGAAAAACUUUGCUGUAUAUGGCAGAAUAGUUACAUAGGUCUAUUUGUAAAAGUGGUUUAAACCACGAUCUUACACACAUGUAAGACAUGUGGGUAAAUGGUGGGAUCUUCGAAUAAAAGGAAGAAGUUCAAUUGAUAGGUUAUGUUGCUAUAAUUGCUAAUGUUUUUAUAAUCUUCAAAAUGUGAAUGAUUAUAUGAAAAAAUCAGUUAAAAAUGAGACUGUAUACUAUAUUGCAAUUAGGAGUUUUACUUUCCAUUGCAUUAGUUAUCUUUUAUUUGUAUAGUAUACGAUUAAUUAUUACAACUGAUAAUUUAGAAGAUGACUUUGAAGAAUUAGAGGAAGAUGAAGUAACAACAGAAAGAAUUUAUUUUAAACAGACUGAUAUUGUUGUUGCAGUAGUUGCUUGUGGAGACAGAUUGUUUGAAACAUUGAACAUGCUUAAAUCUGCUCUAAUGUUCAGUAAAGAAAAAUUGAACUUUGUAAUAGUUGCAGAAGAGAGAUUAAUUGAUAGUUUCAAUGAGAAAUUGGGUGAGUGGAAUGCAUUUAUGAACAAUGCAUUUACAUUUAAGGUGUUGUCAUUAACAUUUCCAUCAGAUAAUCCUUUAGAGUGGAAAAAAUUAUUCAAACCCUGUGCUGCACAACGUUUAUUUUUACCAAACUUAUUGGAAAAUGUAGACUCUAUUUUAUACAUGGAUACAGAUACAUUAUUUUUAACACCAGUAGAAGCUGUUUGGGGACAUUUUCAUAGAUUCAACUCUAGUCAAAUGGCGGCACUAGCUCCUGAACAUGAAGAUCCAAAUGUUGGUUGGUACAAUAGAUUUGCAAAGCAUCCUUAUUAUGGAAAAUUAGGAGUAAAUUCUGGUGUGAUGUUGAUGAAUCUCACUAGAAUGAGAGCUUUCCAAUGGAAGGAGUAUGUUGUUCCUAUUUACAAAAAGUACAAACAUAAAAUUACAUGGGGAGAUCAAGAUAUUAUUAAUAUAAUUUUUCAUUAUCAUCCAGAUAAACUCUACAUAUAUUCAUGUCGUUUCAACUAUCGACCUGAUCACUGUAUGUAUACGAGUGUGUGUAAACCAGCAGAAACUGAAGGAGUAGCUGUAAUUCAUGGGUCCCGAGGAUUUUUUCAUUCAGAAAAACAACCAAUUUUUCAGGCUGUUUACAAGUCCUUUGAAGAGUUUCAGUUGGGUGGUGACAUCUACCGUGACUUCUACCAACCUUUAGAAGUGUACUUAGAAAGUGCCCAAAACAACAAUUGCGGUAACAUCAAAGAUGUAUUCCUCAAAAAUAUCCGUAAUUAUAUGGAUCUUGAAUUUAAUGCAAAAUGAACGUCCAACUUAAAUACAGUUGAACCUCGAUGAAAUAAAACCCAAAGAAGUCUACAGUUACGUUGAUAAACAUUUUUAAGAAAUAAAAACAAUCUUUCUAAACAAAAAACAGGAAAGUUUAUUAAAUUAUUAUAGUUUUAGUUAUCAAGCUUUCACUGUAUAAGUAAAAUGUUCUAUAUUGAAGACAAUUACCUUUUGCUAUCGCCAUGUAUGCUUUUUGUACCUGUAAGUUUAACGUUCCAUCUAUAUAUUAUUAUGUAUAUCUAGAAUCAUUUUGGUUUCACUUAGCCAUAUUAAUUCGCAUCCUUUUUUAUUUAUAGUAACCCCAUACAGGGUUAGUUUAAGUGUAACAACUCGGAAAUUAUUCAAAAAAAUUAUAGGCAAUGACGUGCCCCUCAUCAGUAAAAUAUGACUGUAUAUUUACUCAUAUUUAGAUUCCACAUUAUCACUACUGGUUUUGAGCCAACCGUCUGAACCUUGUUAAUCCUCGUAAGGGUCCUAUUGGUGGAUUUGUCUUUUCGGUACGUUUGGGAAGGGAAACACAUCGGUAGAGUUGGUCUUUUCGGGAAAUUUUGGAGGUAUUAUUGUUAUUAUUACUGGUAUUGGUAUAUAAAUAUAACAGAUAAGUGCUCCUUUGUCCUGACGAAAAUACGUCCAUUUGUUUUUGUUAUGUAGAACCUGGAAGCAAUCCAAAUAUGGGAUUUAAUAUACUCCAUUGUUAUUUGAGAAUUUUAUCCUUGAUAGAUCUGAUUAGAUGGGAAGUUGCUAUUGGAGUUUGAAGAUUGUGCGAAUACUACAGGGUUUGAAGAUUCUGGAAAUUCUGUCUAUCAUAUCUUUGAUUAAAGGAAGAGAUAUUUUCAAUUGAUUGUUUAAAUCAGUGGAGGAGUUGGAGUUCAAAAUUUUUGGAAACUCUUAUUGAUUUGGGAUUUUUGUAACCAUUCAAUCAAUCAAUAUCUGUUUCCGAUAGUUUGUGAUAGAUCGAGUGGGAGACAACGUUUGGAGAAAGUCAAGAAAUAAUAGAAUCAAUUUUACUUUAAUUGAUUAGUUCAAUGAUAGCUUUCUUGUUUUUGUGUAUUUGAACUAUGACUAAAAAUUCUCAUUUUCUUAUAUUUGUCUCUAAGGAAUUUUUGAACCUUUAUAAUUAAAUUUGUUUUAUUUUUGUACAUACGGUAAGGAGGUUACUUCUUCAUUUGUUUGACUUUCUCUUGAAUUUGAUAUUUAUCAUGUUCGGUAUAAUUAUUUUUUAAUAAAAUUUUCAUUUUUUUGAAAGCUAAUCAUUUAAAUUCAAGAUCUGAUAGUUGGAUAGCUUAACCAAAUUAAUAAUCACUAAUACUACUUGUGACAUAAUUUAACAUGAAUAAAGUUUUGUAUACAA